UUUCAUUCAUUCACGAAUCGCAACUCGAUGGAAAACGCGAGUUUUGGAAAGAAAAAUAUUUAAAAUUGUGCUUCAAUAACACCUAAUAUUGAUUAGAAACGAAUUUAUAAAAAUGGUACAAUGAUAAAAAAAUAUCUGCGCGAAGUUUUUUAUGAGGCUUAAGUGGUUCGGUAGCGGGUUCCGUUUGGCUGCGGUGAAUUUGUAUAGAAGCAAGAUGUCAUACACGGAGACCCCGGCUAAGGCUUCGUUGUGCUGCGAGGACUCUGGCGAUGUCCCUCCUCCUACGUUCGCGAUGUACGAGGCUCUAAAGGACUCGUGCCAGAACAACGCGACGUACUUCCAGCCGGACGACAGUGAGAACGGCCAGCGCCUGUACCAGGGGUUCAUGACGCUGAUAGACCACAUUGACACCGUGUGGCCCCUUGUUGAUCAUGUGAGAAGGGUGGCUCCAAUGUACGAUUUCGACGCGAAGUCGCCUGGCAACGGUUAUCGCAGCUUCGUCUCUGUCGUGGACUCGUGUGUUCUUCACGGUCUGAAGCUGAGCAGACAAGUCUGUACUGGCCGAGAUGCUCUGCUUUUUAGAAAGGGGUACUUCGUUAAGGAAAUCGAAUCUUGCGGCCAGCUUCUAGCGUCCUUAGGGACAUGUCUCCACCACCUUCACACGUUGCUAUCCUGGGCACCGGCGGGAGACCUGUUCCCUACGGAACCACACUCACCAGAGGAGCUGUUCUCUCAAGCAGACACGAUCAAUCAGUAUUGUUUCUAUGGAAGAUGUCUCGGAUUUCAAUUCCUACCAUCCAUGCGUGGCAUCCUCAAAGGCAUAUCCAUAUGCAUGGCCGGGUUCUCCGAAGCGUACUACAGCCACGGGAACCUCAUCAGCUCGGUCUGGACCGGAGGACAGUACCUCAUCGACCCCGAAAUGAGGGCACGGAGAAUAGUAAAUAUAUCCCAGUCGGCCAGUGUCGAGUUCUGCAAGGCGUUCUGGUUUCUUGCUGAGAGUGAAAUAAUGAAGCGAGUGCCGAGUCUUAUGUCUUCAACGGUGGCUGUAAAUAAGCUUAUCACGAUACCCCCGGAACCUAUCACGGUGACCACGACUGAAGGCAAAGAGGUGACAGUGCUGCCCCCUACGGUGCAUAUAGGCUUGCAAGGACUAAACGUUAGGCUGAUCAGUGUCAAUAAACGUAUGGGAAUGGCAGGAGAAGGCACAUCAACCUUGCCCCCAGCUGAAGGCAUAGUAUUCCACUGCCACGGAGGGGGCUUCGUGGCCCAAAGCUCUAAGUCCCAUGAGACUUACCUCCGAGAAUGGGCGGCCAAGCUGAAUGUGCCCAUACUGUCCAUAGACUACAGUUUAGCGCCGCAAGCACCCUUCCCAAGGGCACUGGAAGAGGUUUUUUAUGCUUACUGCUGGAUGGUGAAUAAUUUUAAGGAAAUCGGAACUACGGGUAAACGAAUAGUAUUUGCCGGCGACUCGGCCGGCGCGAAUCUCAUAGCCGGCUGCACUCUAAAGAUCCUCUCCACCGGUCUUCGAAGACCAGAAGGGUUAUUCAUGGCUUAUGCCCCACUAUUGGUCAGCUUUAUACCUAGCCCAGCGAGGCUACUGUGUUUGAUGGACCCACUACUGCCUUUUGGGUUUAUGAUGAGGUGUCUGAAAGCAUAUGCAAGCCCGAAUACGAGUAAAAAGGACGACAAACACGGGGCUAAUAACACACAAAAUGCCGUGUCAAAUGCGACCACGCCUCUUGACAGCAACGGUUUUCUCAAAGUCAGCCCGUCACAAGAAGGCAUAAGCGAGGGACCGUCGUCUUUCGAAGAAGUGUCUCCGUCUGACCUGGCGGAGCUGCAAGCCCACAAGUCGGGCAGCGAGCGCAGACAGUCUUCCGACACUACCAUCAGUGCCGCUUCGCUGCAGAGCGAGCACACUGCUACCGGUGUGACCCCGCCCGAGGACAAGUCUCAGCAGUACGUGUCAGACUUCUUGGAACGUUACGUGCUCGACAGCGACACUGACUCGGAAGGCCGCCGGAUACCCAUCAUCAAGCCCAACAAGAACCGGGACGAGUCGCAUAAAGAAGGAGAAUCAGAGAAUUCAAGUACGUUAGUAGGCGAGCCGCCGCUCGUAGACGACUUAGAAAAAGAAAAUAAGAAAAGGAUAAAGACACGAAUAAGCGAAGCAGCCACUGGAAUAAUGGGUGCGAUGUCGUCUCGCCUGGCAUACAUCACAGGGUCAAAUACGAUAUCUAGACCCACACAGGAAGAGUAUAAUGCUUUUCAUUCUAGCCUGGCUGUGCGGUCGAAUCUCGACGCGCUAAUCGCCCGCAGUCCGUCCGACGAGUUCAUAUUCUCGGUGCCACGAGACCCCUACCUGUCGCCGUACUGGGCCGACGACCAGCUGCUUCACCAGUUCCCGCCAGUUAGAAUACUCACCGUGCAUUUGGACCCGUGCCUGGAUGACUGCGUGAUGUUCGCGAAGAAGUUGAAGAGAUUGGGCAACGUCGUGGGCAUCGACGUGCUAGAGGGACUGCCUCAUGGAUUCCUUAAUUUCUCAUUGAUGGCCAAAGAAGCGAACGAAGGAUCGAAGCUAUGCGUUGAGCGCAUCAAGCAACUUCUAGACCUCGAGGCGGCGCCGGCGCCCGACCGCGACUUAUGAAUGUGCGGCCUCUGCUGCCACACGUAGCCUGACGCGUGGCACCCUUAGGACGCCAAGUAACACCGUAGGACAUUCCCUAGCUAGUCCAGAAUGAAAUAAGCCUUAUGGUAAUGUCAUACGACCCAAAUUACGGGAGCACACGUGGGAAUAGCAUUGGGUUCAUAGGAAUUUCGCCUCUGUUUGCAUUGAAAGAUUCGUGCGUUUUUGGUGCGCAUGUUUGUGACACCUGAUAUAGAAAAUUGGUGUGAGACAUAGAGACGUCACAUUGCGUACUUUAUGGUCGUAAAAUACAGAUGAUCUCCCGUUUUUUGCAUCAGUUCUUAAAGUGAAUGAACUAAAUUGAAAGGAAUGGUAAGUUAACAAAAAAUACCAAUCAACCAGGGCCAUUAUGAAAUGGCCCUGCUGGAAGGGCUUUUCGGGUCUCGGGACCGGGUACGAUUUUGGAAUUACAAAACUUACGAGUGAAAAAUUCAUGAGUGUAGAUCGACCACACAUACAUCUUAAUUUUAAUGUAAUGGUCCAACGGCGAAUAUGUAAACAAUACAUAAUGAAAUGUCGCUAACCCGUCGACCUACAAAAUGAGGAAUUUCUUCAAGGAAUUUUGAACUUUAGAUCUGUAUCAUAAGACGCAAAAUCAAUUAAGUACUUGUAAUUUUGUGAUGUGUCAUGCGCUGGCGAACUUACAACUAUGACGUCGGUGACUUCGUCAUACUCGCACAGUAAAGGUCGUGAUAGUUGUAAAAGGACGUGAGUUUUCGGAUAUUUUAAUCUAUUGACUGUGUAAAUCCAUUGUCAUCAGUAAGUUGCCUUGAUUAUUGACGUUUGCUUCUUCUGUCUAUUUAUUAUUGUGCUAUACCAUAUUUCAAUUGGUGAGUAUUUAUUAUACUCAAAAUAAGUUUUAUUUAUUUAUUUCAUUAGCAAAUUUGAGCUCUAAAAUGAGCUAAAGACAUGUAGAUAAACAAAGAUUUGAGUGACAUGAAUCUUCUUAAUCCAUCCAUACAUAAAUCACAAUUUACUAAUUACUAACAUCACAUACAUACUUUAUCAUUUAACGUAAGAAAGAAAGCAUGCAAUACAAAUAUGAGCAUUUAGUUAUUUAUAAACAGCGUGUCGUUUUGUCCGAACGUUUUUUUGAAAUGUGUGUAAAAAAAUUCAAAAUGCAUGUUGCCAAAGUAAGAGUUCAAAUCGAGUGUUUUGUAAAUCGAUUGUUUUUUCUGUGGUCUCAAACCCACUGUAUUCGUAUUUGUGUAUUAUAUUCUAUCUACUACUACUACUUAUCUACUGGUAUAACGCAUGGUAGGGAAGAGGUGCGUGAAUGUGUACAGUCAGCGUCAAAUAGUUCAUGACACCCAAAGUAACCAAAAAGUUUGCAACACGUCUUUGUUACAAUUUGAAAAUGCAGGUUCUGUUGUCUACUUUUAACAUCUUUGGGUGUCACGAACUAUUAGACGCUGAUUGUAUGUAUCACAUCAUACAUUAUUAGUAGGCGCGCACACCGUUGAUUUUUAGUUGGCCGAUAGUUGUGCCCGAUUUUAAAUUGUAUGAAGAAUCGGCCAAAUCGAAUCGGCAUAGUGUGCGCACUGCCAUACAUGCCCAUACUGAUCAACUGCCCGACUAAACUAUCGGCCGACGAAAAAUCAAACGGUGUCCGCCUACUCUUAUAGUGAGACUUUAAAUGUGCUUUCUGACAUGUAUACUAGGCCAUCUCUGUUACGUCAUAUUAUGUCACCCCUCACGCACCUCUCCGCUGGAAUCUAUUCAGAUGCUUCAUACCUACAGUAAAUUACAAAAUCCAAUGUACUACGUACGGCACAUGACAUUCACAAGUAGGUUUAAAACUCAAAUACAAUCAUGUUUCGUUGAUAGUUGAAAGCUUAAUUAACUUACGUACGUGCGAAUACCCAUAUCCAUGUUCAGGAUUUUAAAAGGGAAUAUUGUAAAUGCAUUUUAAAUCAUUGUUGAGUUCCUAAGAUGUAUUUAUUACGAACGAGAUAGUAAAUAUUAAUAUGAUAUUGAAAGUAAUGUUCUAAUGUCCAAUUCGUUAUGUUAAGUAAAAUAAUAAUCGAUUCCAUAUAACAUAAACAAAAUGUAUAUUUGAUGCUCGUCACUGAAAAGCAGAGAGUGAAUUCUUCAAUAGCUCGUAGAAUAUUAAACAACUCUAAUAACUACAUAUUACAUAACGCUUUAAAAACAAAAUUUAUCAACCAAUUAUAGUUUUAAUAAAAAUAAACUAUUUAGUUAUUAAAUCUUUUUACUUUACGUAACGAAUUAUGUACCUAAUAUUUUAUCGAUGUUUAUUAAAUAGUUUUGGAGUUGCGAUUUGAAUAAUGGAAUUGAUGAAAUCGAAGUACCUGUACUGUAUAAACUUACACGAUGAUGUUAUUACGAGAAGUAAUUAAGAUUUUUAAAUGAAGUAUUAACCGAAUCGUAGAUGCUACGUAAAAUACUUUUACUUGUUGUGUUUAUUUGUAGUUUUUUAUGAUAAUUAUGACGUCGAAUGUACCGUACUCGUUUUGUUAGAGAGCUAGAAGUAAAUACUUUAAAACCUUAUCUCAUUUUUAGUAUCUUUAAAAUAUUAAUUAGUUGGUCUAUUCUGCAAAAUGAUUUCUACAUUUCCGCUCUACCUAUCCUUUUCACACACUUGUGCGGUUGAUAUAAUAUAGUGAGCAAGAGAGACAAAUAUAGAUAAGAAUAUUAAAAUCGUUUUGUAGAAUAGUGCUUUAGAUGUUCGUUUAGAGUUGUAUCUACAAAAUUUUAAUACCAUGUUUACCUAGACUAGCGAAAUAUAAAAUUAUUUCUAACCUAUCUCACAAAUCUAUGUGUAAUGCAACUAAAUAGUAUUUGAUUAACUAAAUUGCGGUUUUAAAACUAGAAAAGCAUUGAAAUACUUGAGUCGGUAUUGGCUUUGGAUGUUACAUUUCAUUGUUUAUUUUAUCGUUAAAUGAAUGCAAUAUGACAUUGUCUGUGAUAGUGAAAUGAGGCUUUGUGAAAGCAUAACAGUAUUCUAAAAUGCACGAUUAUAAAAUCAACUUGUAAAAUAUAUUGUAUGUUGUUAUAUCUGUUAGUGUAAUUAAAGAAUUUGUAAAAAUGUAUUUAAACGAUAUUUUUAUAGCAUAAAGAUAACUGUCCACGUACAUGAAAAAUUAUAUAAAUUACUUGUGGAAAACAUAAUCAUACUACUAAAUAAUUUUAAAGGACGCAAAUAUGUCAGGCCUUAAAUUGGAAAUGAGAAAAUUG